AGCCAAUAGUAGUGCAUCAGUUUAUCGGAAAGUGAAAGAGUUUCUCUCUCAGACUCGACUCCAUUUUGUCUCUGUUGGAAAAGCAGAAAAACCUCAACACCAGGCAGAAACGGUGAUAUUAAUGUCACACAACAUGGACUGCUGAAUAAAGGCUUCAGCCGGUAGGGUGCGGAGCGAAACGUCACAGGUAGUGACGUCAGUUUACCGGAAAGCGGAAGAGUUUCUGCCGACCACAAAAAGCAGGAAGAAGAAGAAGAAGUUUCUCUCUCAGACUCGACUCCAUUUUGUCUCUGUUGGAAAAGCAGAAAAACCUCAACACCAGGCAGAAACGGUGAUAUUAAUGUCACACAACAUGGACUGCUGAAUAAAAGAGUGUCAGUAAUUCCAGCAGAAGAGAUCAGCAUCUUCAGGACUCAGCUGUGUGUCCAUGAGCUGUCUGUGUUUACACUAAUAUUCAAACAUGGAGACCCCUGACCUGGACACAGAUAAUGUGACCCUGCCCACAAAUAACCAUAAACUACAGAGAAAGAGAUCACACCCCCCAGAACCCAGCUGUGUCUCCAUGAAGAGUGAUGGGUCUAUGGAUCUUCCGCUGAACUUUAGAAAUAGAGACUCCUCAUCUGUACACAGUGUUGUACAGAAGUCAGGAGACAGAAGAGAAAAGAACAUCAUCACAGCUACAGGACACGACCCAGAACCUGCUGCUGUAAAUGACUUCCAGAAAAAGUUCAGAUUAAAUCUGGUGAAGAAGUUUCAGUGUUUAAAUGGAGUGAUGAUAAACCCGGAGAACCGAACACUCCUGAAUGAGAUCUACACAGAGCUCUACAUCACAGAGGGAGACAGUGGAGACGUCAAUAAAGAACAUGAGGUGAGACAGAUCGAGGCAGCAUCCAGGAGAACAACAACAGAGGAAACACCAAUCAAAUGCAACGACAUCUUUAAGCCCUUAUCUGAUCAAGACAAACCCAUCAGAACUGUGCUGACAAAGGGAGUCGCUGGCAUCGGAAAAACAGUUUCUGUGCAGAAGUUCAUUCUGGACUGGGCUGAAGGGAAAGUAAAUCAGGACGUCCAGCUCAUGUUUCCACUUCCUUUCAGAGAGCUGAAUUUGAUGAAGGACCAGAAACUGAGUCUGAUGGAUCUCCUUCAUGUCUGUUUUAAGGAGACAAAAGAAACAGAAAUGUCCAGUUUGGAAAAGGUUCUGUUCAUUUUUGACGGAUUGGACGAGUGUCGUUUUCCUCUGGAUUUCCAGAACACAGAGAGAGUGUGUGAUGUAACUGAAUCAGCAUCAGUGCAUGUGCUGCUGAUAAACCUGAUCAAAGGGAAUCUGCUUCCCUCUGCUCUCAUCUGGAUCACCUCCCGACCAGCAGCAGCUGAUCAAAUCCCCUCUGAGUGUGUCCAUCGAGUCACAGAGGUACGAGGGUUCAAUGACCCACAGAAGGAGGAGUACUUCAGGAAGAGGAUCAGUGAUCAGAGCCUGGCCAAUAACAUCAUCACACACCUGAAGUCAUUAAGAAGCCUCUACAUCAUGUGCCACAUCCCAGUCUUCUGCUGGAUUUCAGCCACUGUUCUAGAGAGAAUGUUGGAUGAAGCAGAGAGUGGAGAGAUGCCCAAGACUCUGACUCAAAUGUACACACACUUCCUCAUCAUUCAGACAAACAUCAUAAGAGAAAAGUACUCGAAGAAGCAGGAGAGUGAUGAAGAAAUGCUUCUCAAACUGGGACGACUGGCUUUUCAGCAGCUGAUGAAAGGCAACCUGAUCUUCUAUGAGGAAGACCUGAGAGAGUGUGGCAUUGAUGUGAGAGAAGCAGCAGUGUACUCAGGUGUGUGUACUCAGAUCUUCAGAGAAGAGUUUGGGCUUCACCAGAGUAAAGUGUACAGCUUUGUUCAUCUGAGCACUCAGGAGCAUCUCGCAGCUCUGUAUGUGCACCUGACAUUCAUGAAGAAAAAGAGAAAUGUUCUUAAACGGAGUUGGUUCUUUAAGACAAUUUCAGAUGUCCACAAGAGUGCUGUACGUCAGGCCUUAAAGAGUGAGACUGGACAUCUGGAUCUUUUCCUCCGCUUUCUUCUGGGUCUCUCACUGGAGUCCAAUCAGAAACUCUUACAUGGCUUAGUAACACAUACAGGAAGUAGCUCCCAGACAGGAAAGGGGGACACAGUACAGUACAUCAAGGAGAAGAUCAGUAGAGAUACCCCUACAGAGAAAUCCAUCAAUCUGUUCCACUGUCUGAAUGAACUGGGGGACAAUUCUCUAGUGGAGGAAAUCCAACUCUACCUGAAAUCUGGAACUCAAAGUGGACUCUCUUCUUCACAGUGGUCUGCUCUAGUGUUUGUGUUACUGACAUCAGCAGAGGAGCUGGAGGAAUUUGACCUGAGUAAAUAUAUCUCUACAGAUAAAAUAAGAGAUGAGAUUCUUGUGAAGGUGAUGCCUGUGAUUGCAGCAUCCAGAAGAGCAAUUAUCAGGUGUGAUACAAUUCAAAACAGUGGUUGGAGAGCUCUGGACUCAGUGCUCAGCUCAGAAACCUCCAAUCUGAGAGAACUGCAUCUGACUGUGGAUACACUGGAUCUGAUUAAGAAUAAACUAGGAGACUCAGAAGUGAAGCGUCUCUCUGCUCUACUGGAGAAUCCUCAGUGUAAAGUAAAAAAUCUGAGGUUGGGUUAUUGUGAUAUCUCAGGUGAAGGCUGUGCUGCUCUGACUUCAGCUCUGAGAUCAAACCCCUCACACCUGAGAGAACUGGAUCUGUCUGAUAAUAAACUAGGAGACUCGGGACUGAAGAGUCUCUCUGCUGUACUGGAGAAUCCUCUCUGUAAACUGGAGAUACUGUGGUUGUGGAGGUGUGAUAUCUCAGAUGAAGGCUGUGCUGCUCUGACUUCAGCUCUGAGAUCAAACCCCUCACACCUGAAAAAACUCUGUCUGUCUGAGAAUAAUCUAGGAGUCUCAGGAGUGAAGAGUCUCUCUGCUGUACUGGAGAAUCCUCUCUGUAAACUGGAGAUACUGGGGUUGGAGGAUUGUCGUGUCUCAGGUGAAGGCUGUGCUGCUCUGGCUUCAGCUCUGAGAUCAAACCCCUCACACCUGAGAAAACUGGAUCUGUCUAAGAAUAAACUAGGAGACUCAGGAGUGAAGAGUCUCUCUGCUGGACUGGAGAAUCCUCUCUGUAAACUGGAGAUACUGUGGUUGCGUGAUUGUGAUAUCUCAGAUGAAGGCUGUACUGCUCUGACUUCAGCUCUGAGAUCAAACCCCUCACACCUGAGAAAACUGGAUCUGUCUGAGAAUAAACUAGGAGUCUCAGGAGCGAAGAGUGUCUCUGCUGUACUGGAGAAUCCUCUCUGUAAACUGGAGAUACUGUGUAAACUACAGAGAAGGAGACCAGACUCCCCAGAACCCAGCUGUGUCUCCAUGAUGAGUGAUGCGUCUAUGGAGCCUCCUGGGAACUUUAGAAAUAGAGACUCCUCAUCUGUACACAGUAAACUCAAGAGAAAGAGACCAGACUUCCUAGAUCUCAGCUGUGUCUCCAUGAAGAGUGAUGUGUCUAUGGAUCCCCCUGGGAACUUUAGAAAUAGAGACUCCUCAUCUGUACACAGUGUUCUACAGAAGUCAGGAGGCAGAAGAGAAAAGAACAUCAUCACAGCUACAGGACACGACCCAGAACCUGCUGCUGUAAAUGACUUCCAGAAAAAGUUCAAAUUAAAUCUGGUGAAGAAGUUUCAGUGUUUAAAUGGAGUGAUGAUGAACCCGGAGAACCGAACACUCCUGAAUGAGAUCUACACAGAGCUCUACAUCACAGAGGGAGACAGUGGAGACGUCAAUAAAGAACAUGAGGUGAGACAGAUCGAGGCAGCAUCCAGGAGAACAAACACAGAGGAAACACCAAUCAAAUGCAAUGACAUCUUUAAGCCCUUAUCUGAUCAAGACGAACCCAUCAGAACUGUGCUGACAAAGCUCUUAUCUAAAAAAGACAAACCCAUCAGAACUGUGCUGAAAAAGCUCUUAUCUAAAAAAGACAAACCCAUCAGAACUGUGCUGACAAAGCUCUUAUCUAAAAAAGACGAACCCAUCAGAACUGUGCUGACAAAGCUCUUAUCUAAAAAAGACGAACCCAUCAGAACUGUGCUGAAAAAGCUCUUAUCUAAAAAAGACGAACCCAUCAGAACUGUGCUGAAAAAGCUCUUAUCUAAAAAAGACGAACCCAUCAGAACUGUGCUGAAAAAGCUCUUAUCUAAAAAAGACGAACCCAUCAGAACUGUGCUGACAAAGCUCUUAUCUAAAAAAGACGAACCCAUCAGAACUGUGCUGAAAAAGCUCUUAUCUAAAAAAGACGAACCCAUCAGAACUGUGCUGAAAAAGCUCUUAUCUAAAAAAGACGAACCCAUCAGAACUGUGCUGAAAAAGCUCUUAUCUAAAAAAGACGAACCCAUCAGAACUGUGCUGAAAAAGCUCUUAUCUAAAAAAGACGAACCCAUCAGAACUGUGCUGAAAAAGCUCUUAUCUAAAAAAGACAAACCCAUCAGAACUGUGCUGAAAAAGCUCUUAUCUAAAAAAGACAAACCCAUCAGAACUGUGCUGACAAAGGGAGUCGCUGGCAUCGGAAAAACAGUUUCUGUGCAGAAGUUCAUUCUGGACUGGGCUGAAGGGAAAGUAAAUCAGGACGUCCAGCUCGUGUUUCCACUUCCUUUCAGAGAGCUGAAUUUGAUGAAGGACCAGAAACUGAGUCUGAUGGAUCUCCUUCAUGUCUGUUUUAAGGAGACAAAAGAAACAGAAAUGUCCAGUUUGGAAAAGGUUCUGUUCAUUUUUGACGGAUUGGACGAGUGUCGUUUUCCUCUGGAUUUCCAGAACACAGAGAGAGUGUGUGAUGUAACUGAAUCAGCAUCAGUGCAUGUGCUGCUGAUAAACCUGAUCAAAGGGAAUCUGCUUCCCUCUGCUCUCAUCUGGAUCACCUCCCGACCAGCAGCAGCUGAUCAAAUCCCCUCUGAGUGUGUCCAUCGAGUCACAGAGGUACGAGGGUUCAAUGACCCACAGAAGGAGGAGUACUUCAGGAAGAGGAUCAGUGAUCAGAGCCUGGCCAAUAACAUCAUCACACACCUGAAGUCAUUAAGAAGCCUCUACAUCAUGUGCCACAUCCCAGUCUUCUGCUGGAUUUCAGCCACUGUUCUAGAGAGAAUGUUGGAUGAAGCAGAGAGUGGAGAGAUGCCCAAGACUCUGACUCAAAUGUACACACACUUCCUCAUCAUUCAGACAAACAUCAUAAGAGAAAAGUACUCGAAGAAGCAGGAGAGUGAUGAAGAAAUGCUUCUCAAACUGGGACACCUGGCUUUUCAGCAGCUGAUGAAAGGCAACCUGAUCUUCUAUGAGGAGGACCUGAGAGAGUGUGGCAUUGAUGUGAGAGAAGCAGCAGUGUACUCAGGUGUGUGUACGCAGAUCUUCAGAGAAGAGUUUGGACUUCACCAGAGUAAAGUGUACAGCUUUGUUCAUCUGAGCAUUCAGGAGCAUCUCGCAGCUCUGUAUGUGCACCUGACAUUCAUGAAGGAAAAGAGAAAUGUUCUUGAUUCUGACGAAGAGGGUGAAUCGGAGAUGUUCUAUGACCAGUGGAUUGAAGAUAUUACAGUCUCAGAUGUCCACAAGAGUGCUGUAGAUAAGGCCUUAUACAGUGAGACUGGACAUCUGGAUCUUUUCCUCCGCUUUCUUCUGGGUCUCUCACUGGAGUCCAAUCAGAAACUCUUACAUGCCUUAGUAACACAUACAGGAAGUAGCUCCCAGACAGGAAAGAGUAACACAGUACAGUACAUCAAGGAAAAGAUCAGUGAAGAUCCCCCUACAGAGAAAUCCAUCAAUCUGUUCCACUGUCUGAAUGAACUGGGGGACAAUUCUCUAGUGGAGGAAAUCCAACGCUACCUGAAAUCUGGAACACAAAGUGAACUCUCUUCUUCACAGUGGUCUGCUCUGGUGUUUGUCUUACUGACAUCAGCAGAGGAGCUGGAGGAAUUUGACCUGAGUAAAUAUAUCUCUACAGAUAAAAUAAGAGAUUGGAUUGUUGUGAAGGUGAUGCCUGUGAUUGCAGCAUCCAGAAGAGCAAUUAUCAGGUGUGAUACAAUUCAAAAAAGUGGUUGGAGAGCUCUGGACUCAGUGCUCAGCUCAGAAACCUCCAAUCUGAGAGAACUGCAUCUGACUGUGGAUACACUGCAUCUGACUUGGUGUGAACUAGGAGACUCAGGAGUGAAGCGUGUCUCUGCUCUACUGGAGAAUCCUCAGUGUAAAGUAAAAAAUCUGAAGUUGUGUUAUUGUGAUAUCUCAGGUGAAGGCUGUGCUGCUCUGGCUUCAGCUCUGAGAUCAAACCCCUCACACCUGAGAGAACUGGAUCUGUCUGAGAAUAAACUAGGAGACUCAGGAGCGAAGAGUCUCUCUACUGUACUGGAGAAUCCUCUCUGUAAACUGGAGAAACUGAGGCUGAGUAGGUGUGAUAUCUCAGAUGAAGGCUGUGCUGCUCUGACUUCAGCUCUGAGAUCAAACCCCUCACACCUGAGAUACCUGAAUCUGUCUAGGAAUAAACCAGGAGACUCAGGAGUGAAGAGUCUCUCUGCUGUACUGGAAAAUCCUCUCUGUAAACUGGAGAUAUUGUGGUUGUAUAAGUGUGAUAUCUCAGGUGAAGGCUGUGCUGCUCUGACUUCAGCUCUGAGAUCAAACCCCUCACACCUGAGAGAUUUGACUCUGUGUAGACAUAAUCUAGGAGACUCAGGAGUGAAGCGUCUCUCUGCUAUACUGGAGAAUCCUCUCUGUAAACUGGAGAUACUGAGGUUGCGUUAUUGUGAUAUCUCAGCUGAAGGUUGUGCUGCUCUGACUUCAGCUCUGAGAUCAAACCCCUCACACCUGAGAGAACUGAAUCUGUCUGGGAAUUAUCUAGGAGACUCAGGAGUGAAGCGUCUCUCUGCUGUACUGGAGAAUCCUCUCUGUAAACUGGAGAAACUGGAGUUGUGGAGGUGUGAUAUCUCAGAUGAAGGGUGUGCUGCUCUGACUUCAGCUCUGAGAUCAAACCCCUCACACCUGAGAGAACUGACUCUGUCUAUAAAUAAACUAGGAGACUCAGGAGUGAAGAGUCUCUCUGCUGUACUGGAGAAUCCUCUCUGUAAACUGGAGAUACUGGGUAAACUACAGAGAAAGAGAUCAGACGCCCCAGAACCCAGCUGUGUCUCCAUGAAGAGUGAUGCGUCUAUGGUUCCUCCAUGGAGCUUUAGAAAUAGAGACUCCUCACCUGUACACAGUAAACUACAGAGAAAGAGAUCAGACGCCCCAGAACCCAGCUGUGUCUCCAUGAAGAGUGAUGCGUCUAUGGUUCCUCCAUGGAGCUUUAGAAAUAGAGACUCCUCACCUGUACACAGUAAACUACAGAGAAAGAGAUCAGACGCCCCAGAACCCAGCUGUGUCUCCAUGAAGAGUGAUGCGUCUAUGGUUCCUCCAUGGAGCUUUAGAAAUAAAGACUCCACAUCUAUACACAGUGUUCUACAGAGGUCAGGAGACAGAAGAGAAAAGAACAUCAUCACAGCUACAGGACACGACCCAGAACCUGCUGCUGUAAAUGACGUCCAGAAAAAGUUCAAAUUAAAUCUGGUGAAGAAGUUUCUGUGUUUAAAUGGAGUGAUGAUAAACCCGGAAAACCGAACACCCCUGAAUGAGAUCUACACAGAGCUCUACAUCACAGAGGGAGACGGUGGAGACGUCAAUAAAGAACAUGAGGUGAGACAGAUCGAGGCAGCAUCCAGGAGAACAACAACAGAGGAAACACCAAUCAAAUGCAACGACAUCUUUAAGCCCUUAUCUGAUCAAGACAAACCCAUCAGAACUGUGCUGACAAAGACCUUAUCUAAAAAAGACAAACCCAUCAGAACUGUGCUGACAAAGGGAGUCGCUGGCAUUGGAAAAACAGUUUCUGUGCAGAAGUUCAUUCUGGACUGGGCUGAAGGGAAAGUAAAUCAGGACGUCCAGCUCAUGUUUCCACUUCCUUUCAGAGAGCUGAAUUUGAUGAAGGACCAGAAACUGAGUCUGAUGGAUCUCCUUCAUGUCUGUUUUAAGGAGACAAAAGAAACAGAAAUGUCCAGUUUGGAAAAGGUUCUGUUCAUUUUUGACGGAUUGGACGAGUGUCGUUUUCCUCUGGAUUUCCAGAACACAGAGAGAGUGUGUGAUGUAACUGAAUCAGCAUCAGUGCAUGUGCUGCUGAUAAACCUGAUCAAAGGGAAUCUGCUUCCCUCUGCUCUCAUCUGGAUCACCUCCCGACCAGCAGCAGCUGAUCAAAUCCCCUCUGAGUGUGUCCAUCGAGUCACAGAGCUACGAGGGUUCAAUGACCCACAGAAGGAGGAGUACUUCAGGAAGAGGAUCAGUGAUCAGAGCCUGGCCAAUAACAUCAUCACACACCUGAAGUCAUUAAGAAGCCUCUACAUCAUGUGCCACAUCCCAGUCUUCUGCUGGAUUUCAGCCACUGUUCUAGAGAGAAUGUUGGAUGAAGCAGAGAGUGGAGAGAUGCCCAAGACUCUGACUCAAAUGUACACACACUUCCUCAUCAUUCAGACAAACAUCAUAAGAGAAAAGUACUCAGAGAAGCAUGAGAGUGAUGAAGAAAUGCUUCUCAAACUGGGACGACUGGCGUUUCAGCAGCUGAUGAAAGGCAACCUGAUCUUCUAUGAGGAAGACCUGAGAGAGUGUGGCAUUGAUGUGAGAGAAGCAGCAGUGUACUCAGGUGUGUGUACUCAGAUCUUCAGAGAGGAGUUUGGACUUCACCAGAGUAAAGUGUACUGCUUUGUUCAUCUGAGCAUUCAGGAGCAUCUCGCAGCUCUGUAUGUGCACCUGACAUUCAUGAAGGAAAAGAGAAAUGUUCUUGAACAGAGUCGGUUCUUUAAGACAAUUUCAGAUGUCCACGAGAUUGCUGUACAUCAGGCCUUAAAGAGUGAGACUGGACAUCUGGAUCUUUUCCUCCGCUUUCUUCUGGGUCUCUCACUGGAGUCCAAUCAGAAACUCUUACAUGCCUUAGUAACACAUACAGGAAGUAUCUCCCGGACAGGAAAGAGUAACACAGUACAGUACAUCAAGGAAAAGAUCAGUGAAGAUCCCCCUACAGAGAAAUCCAUCAAUCUGUUCCACUGUCUGAAUGAACUGGGGGACAAUUCUCUAGUGGAGGAAAUCCAACGCUACCUGAAAUCUGGAACACAAAGUGAACUCUCUUCUUCACAGUGGUCUGCUCUGGUGUUUGUCUUACUGACAUCAGCAGAGGAGCUGGAGGAAUUUGACCUGAGUAAAUAUAUCUCUACAGAUAAAAUAAGAGAUGAGAUUCUUGUGAAGGUGAUGCCUGUGAUUGCAGCAUCCAGAAAAGCAAUUAUCAGGUGUGAUACAAUUCAAAAAAGUGGUUGGAGAACUCUGGACUCAGUGCUCAGCUCAGAAACCUCCAAUCUGAGAGAACUGCAUCUGACUAUGGAUACACUGGAUCUGACUGUGGAUACACUGGAUCUGACUGGGAAUAAACUAGGAGACUCAGGAGUGAAGCGUGUCUCUGCUCUACUGGAGAAUCCUCAGUGUAAAGUAAAAAAUCUGAGGUUGGAGUGUUGUGGUGUCUCAGGUGAAGGCUGUGCUGCUCUGGCUUCAGCUCUGAGAUCAAACCCCUCACACCUGAGAGAACUGAAUCUGUCUGAUAAUAAACUAGGAGACUCAGGAGUGAAGAGUCUCUCUGCUGUACUGGAGAAUCCUCUCUGUAAACUGGAGAUACUGGGGUUGUAUAAGUGUGGUAUCUCAGAUGAAGGCUGUGCUGCUCUGACUUCAGCUCUGAGAUCAAACCCCUCACACCUGAGAGAACUGGAUCUGUCCUGGAAUAAACUAGGAGACUCAGGAGUGAAGAGUCUCUCUGCUGUACUGGAGAAUCCUCUCUGUAAACUGGAGAAACUGUGGUUGUAUAAUUGUGGUAUCUCAGAUGAAGGCUGUGCUGCUCUGACUUCAGCUCUGAGAUCAAACCCCUCACACCUGAGAGAUUUGACUCUGUGUAGACAUAAUCUAGGAGUCUCAGGAGUGAAGAGUCUCUCUGCUGUACUGGAGGAUCCUCUCUGUAAACUGGAGAUACUGAGGUUGUGUAAGUGUGAUAUCUCAGAUGAAGGCUGUGCUGCUCUGAGAUCAAAUGCCUCACACCUGAGAGAAUUGGAUCUGUCUGGGAAUAAUCUAGGAGACUCAGGAGUGAAGCGUCUCUCUGCUGGACUGGAGAAUCCUCACUGUAAACUGAAGACAGUGAGGUAAGAUCAUCUCUCUGGGAGUCACAUGACCUGCUCCUCAGGUGUGACGAACAUCUGUGUGUGAUGAAAACUCCUGUGUUCCUGCAUUUCCAUGUUGGGGAAUAGACAACACACUUAUAAACAGUCACUCUCUUAGUUGUAGCACAUUAUACCAGAGGCUUUAGUCUGUUUACUUCAUUUUUUUUUAUGCGUAUGCUAGUGUGUGUGCACAGUCGUAUGCUUAGCCUUUCAAAGUGUACUCCAUUUGACAUGUACACAGGCGGUCUACGCAUGCGAAUUACGACAACCUGCACGACACCUCCUGGCCUACAAGAGUCAGUACAGAGCAUUAAACAAGUCUUUUGCUGUGAAGGACCACAACAACACGAAGAACAGUGCUUGAGCAAUGUCUCGCCAUGAUUAGCACCCAUAUACAAAUCCUUAUACGCUUUAAGGCUAGAAUUAUACACAUGUGGGUACUUUCUAAACUGCACUCAUUUCUGUCUCAUUUAUUCCGUUUUUUCCUUCAACUUCCUUGAGAAUCAAUGGCCCUGAGUUACUGUUCCCACCUUGUGGAACAACUAAAUAUUGUGAAAUAAGUAAAUGCGCAUGUGUGACCUGUGCGUACAAAGUACGUGUGGUUAGAAAAAUCCGAUUGCGCGCAUACAGUAUGCGUGUACUCUCCUGAUGACUAAAUUUGUCACAUGUACUGUACGCUGUUCCUAGCGUAUGCAUAAAAAGUGAAGAAUGCUUUCUGCUUAAGAGAAGUAGAAAGUGUGUUCAUAUCAGACUGCACACAAUUCUGCACUGAGGCUUGUUCAGGAUCCAGACAUGAGGACUGAACAGCUGGAAUGGAGAAUCUUUAUCGAUCAUAGCACCUCCGUGUGUGUGUGUGUGGUCCUGAAGUUAGAGUGCCACAAUCAGACCCUGGAGACAUAGCAACCCUCCUGUACAUUUAAUACCUUAUUCAUGCUGAAUAAAAAAUAAUAAUAAUAAUAAUAAUAAAUUAAUUCCAAGUAGAGCUGCAACAGCUAAUCGAUAAAAGUCGAUUAUGGAAAUCGUUGUCAACGAAUCUCAUUCUACGUGUGGAACGGAGUACAUUUACUAAUUACAUUACCUCAGUUCCGAAAACGCGCAUUGGAGAGUAAAUAUUAAAGCAAAUGAAGUACACCAUGCACUGUGUACUCUGCUGUCUAGUGUAUGAAUUUUAGGAAGGUAAUAUAGUCUCAAAUGGAACACUAGCAGUUUUUUUUUUUUUUUUACUAACCGGCAGUUCCUAGUCAGUAGCACAGGUCAUACACACGUAAUGCGAUGCCGCAAGCUUUAGCAGAUACACAGAGUCACCGAUAAAAACAGUAAACUGAAGAAAGUCGAUGUCAGCGAUACCUUUUAUUUUCAACAUGACCUCAGUAACCAUCAGACGGAGGAGUAAUUAUCAUGUGACUGAGGAAGAAAGUGUGUGACCUCCAAGUCGUCUAAGGCAGGGGAGGAUUUUAUAUUAAACACUGUGGAGGAGAUCAAACUUUAUAAAGUAGAGUUUGUGUAGCAGGGAAACAUGACAGUGAUGCAUGAGCACAAACUUAUGUUUAUAUCCAAAAUGCUGUGUGUAAGGGGAUGGGGAAACUGGUGCAAGUUGCUCAAAAGGUUUCAUUUAAGUUUAUUGUUAUUAUAUGCUGUAUUUGCGCACUUGCAGUGCAACUUCUGUCGUUUAUUAUAACGUAAGUGAUGUAUUAGUCAGAGGCCGCGUUGCUCCUCAUGCGCGGUGUAGACACAGUGAUAAACAGUGGGAUCCCCCCAAUCCGAUUAAUCCAAAGAAAGAAUUGGCCAACUAAACGAUUAUGAAAAUAAUCAUUAGUUGCCGCCUUAGCGGUGUGUUCAUCAGACUGAGGCUGUACAGGAUCCAGACAUUAACACUUGACAGCUCAUUGUUUGCUCCUGCUCCUAACACAGCUGAUCUAAUGUUUGUAGCUUUAUAUAUUUUAUGUUAACUGUAACAGCAGCACAUUAUCUAAAAACGUGUAUAAGUCUGAGCUCCCGUUAACAGGGGUGGGCUUUAUCAUAAGGCAAAGGUUGGCAAUUGCCUUGGGCCACAAGAAACCAAGGGCCCCUAAAACUCUGCAUAAUCUAAAUGGUUAAAGUUUUAUUUUUACUUUUAGCUGUACAGAUGAGUGGUGCAGAUCUCCUACACUGGCCCCAGAUGAUGCCCCCUGACUAGCUAACAUGCUGUCUUGAUUGUUUUAUAUUCUUGAUUGUUUAAUAUAAUGUAUUAUCUUGUCACACUGUUUUUCUGUUUCUGUUUGCCUAUUUUACAAAUAUGAUGUGAGAUCUGUUCCAUUCUAUUUCCAAUAAAUAUGCUUAAAUAGCA